CGUCAUGGAAAGAGUUACUUUGUUGCAGCGCGCACAGGAAUAAACCCCAAGAAACAACACUGACUCGUGAUGUGUGUUGAUACUCUGCAGAGGGACAGUGUUUGCUUGCACAUUUUGCUUUUAUUUUCCAUUUAAAAGGAUCGACUGAAGAUGCGCAGGAACCUGUUUACAAGGAAAACACAGCAAGUUUCAGUGUGAGGGAAUGCAGAGCAUGCUCACAAUGCACUGGGAUACCAUUACUCAUCCCUCUGUUUUUCUUCACCCCCGGACCACUUUGUUCUCAAGAUAUUUUCAUCAAGGAUCAUGUUAGGAUCCGUGAUGUCAAAACAAGUGUGUGAUAAGUGAACAACGCGAGGUUGCGCUCCAGUUUCUAAAGGAUUAAAACUACCGACGGAGCUUUUUGGAGGAGCUCUUUGGUGAAAUCCGUUUUGCGUUUGUACCUGUUGUGUUUGUGAUGUAAAAAAGAAGAAGAUAGUCUUUCUGUUAUGAGGAAGUUGAUGUGUUAUAGAGCAUUUAUAGCCUGGAGUUGUUGUUAGACUUUUAAGCAUAGUAAGACAAUAGAGCGAUAGCCUCAAUGGGCUGAGGAUGCUAGUGGUCACAGUAGGUAUAUUGUAGAUUUUGUUUUGUUGGCGGAUAGAAGUAAUAGUUUUACUAACUGAGAACUUUGACUAAGUGUCAGAUAAUUUCAUUUAAAUAAUUCAUAACCUACUGUGCUGUUUGCACACCUGAUCCAACAGCUGUCAUGUAAUUUGAGACACGUUUAAAUAUUAAAAGUGAGCUCGUGUCAGAUGUUUCCAACACAGCAUGCAUCAAGACAGUAGCAUCCAUUUAAUCUAGGCACUAUGUGCAUGUAGAUUUUCUUGCUUUAGGACCCCACUGGAGUAUCAAGAUGUCAGUGAAAGCCAAAGCAAUCUACACUUUUCAAAGUGAAAACAAAGAGGAGAUCAGCAUCCAGGAGAACGAGGAACUGGUUAUCUUCGACGAGAACUCGGUGGACGGCUGGUUUCAAGGGGAGAACAGCCGAGGGGAGAAGGGUCUCUUCCCUGCAUCAUAUGUGGAAAUUAUUCGCACUCGCUCAAACUCUAACGUGACUGACUGCUCCAUAAGCCCGGCAGGAUCUCUAGGAAAUGACUCCUAUUUCCCCUCAACCCCAAACACCUCUCUGCAUUUGCAGCAGAGUUUCUAUGACGACGAUGACGAUGACUGGGACGACUGGGACGACAGGUCUACGGUGGUGGACGAUGGGGACCACACGAGGAGCCCUGGGGCCAAUGGACAUGUCCAUCAGAGCCCGCUGUCCAACAACCCCAACGUGCACUACCGGGCCAAACCACACAUGGAGAGACAGGACAGCAUCUCCAGCUCGAGGAAAGGCAGCAUGGUGGGCAGGAACUUGAACAGGUUUUCCAGCUUUGUCCGCUCAGGGGUAGAAGCGUUUGUGUUGGGCGACGUGCCAAUGAUGGCAAAGAUAGCCGAGUCGUACACCAUCGAGAUGGGUCCCGUUUGGCCCCUGUGGAAGGAGAGCCCACAGCCUUUCUCCUGCUCCAUUGAAGACCCCACAAAACAGACAAAGUUCAAGGGCAUCAAGACGUACAUUUCCUACCGGGUCACGCCGAGCCACACGGGGCGUCCCGUCUACCGGCGCUACAAACACUUUGACUGGCUGUACAACCGCUUACUGCACAAGUUCACUGUGAUCUCCGUGCCUAACCUGCCCGAGAAGCAGGCCACGGGGCGAUUUGAGGAAGACUUCAUCGAGAAGCGUAAGAGGCGACUGAUACUGUGGAUGAACCACAUGACCAGUCACCCGGUCCUCUCCCAGUAUGAAGGCUUUGAGCACUUUCUGAUGUGCGCCGAUGACAAGCAGUGGAAACUGGGCAAGAGACGGGCGGAGAAGGACGAGAUGGUGGGUGCCCAUUUCAUGCUGACCCUCCAGAUCCCUAACGAGCACCAGGACCUUCAGGAUGUAGAGGAGCGGAUCGACACCUUCAAGUCCUUUGCUAAGAAAAUGGACGACAGCGUGAUGCAGCUCCACAUGUUGCCUCAGGAGCUGGUGCGUAAACACCUGGGUGGGUUCAGGAAGGAGUUCCAGCGGCUGGGAAAUUCUUUCCAAUCUGUCAGCCAGGCGUUCAUGCUGGACCCUCCCAACAGCUCAGAGGCCCUCAACAAAGCCAUCUCCCAUACAGGCCGCACCUAUGAGAACAUUGGAGAGAUGUUUGCAGAGCAACCUAAGUAUGACCUCUUCCAUAUGCUGGACAAGCUGUCGCUCUACCAAGGCCUGCUCGCCAACUUCCCCGACAUUAUUCAUCUACAAAAAGGCGCCUUUGCCAAGGUGAAGGAGAGCCAGCGGAUGAGCGAUGAAGGGAAGAUGGCCCAGGACGAGGCCGACGGCAUCAGGAAACGCUGCCGGACGGUUGGUUUUGCCCUCCAGGCAGAGAUGAGCCACUUCCAUCAUCAGCGAGAGGUGGACUUCAAAGACAUGAUGCAGGCCUACCUCACGGAGCAGAUAGCCUUUUACCAGCGUGUUGUCCAGCAACUGGAGCGCACGCUGCGAAUGUACGACUCUCUGUAAACACACCAAACUGCUGCCCAGUUCAAGAUGCCAAAAAGUCUUGACUCUUGUUAUCGAGGCGUGUUGUGUGUGUGGGUGUGUGGUUCGGUUUGGAAAGACUUGCAGAUAAAGUAUGCAAAAGUUACUGGAAAGAUGUACAAAGGAAGUCUUUCGCUUUGACAGAGACCUACUGUACCCUUUGUUUUUCAUUUCUGAAACACACAUCAAAUAGGAAAUGUCACAGCAUUUUGUUUAUUUUACAUAAUUUAAGGUGUUUGUAACAUUAACAUAAGAUUAUAGGUUUCAGAUUCAUAGCGAAUCUAUAGCUGAUUGUUCUAUAGUGUACCACCAUGAAACGGGUUUUUGUUUUGAAAUUGUCCCCUUCUCUCCAACGUCGUGCACUUUGGUUUCUCCUCGGAUUGAUUCAAGUUGCUUCCUAUAUGUACAUUUCUCGAAGAAGAAGAAGAAGAAGAAGAAACCCCAAAAUAAUCUGGUUCAUUCACCAACGUCACUGACCUUUAAAAGAGCGCACUGUAUACUGAAGAGGACUUUAGUGCUCAUCUUGCUCAGAUGUUCACUGCGUUGAAAUGCAUAUCAGUUUCUCUUAGUACACGUCACAAACUGUCUUAACUUUGCACCAUGUGGGAGACUUACUGAUAUGUAAUUCAGUUUCAUAGUGACUGUCAUUUUAUUUUACGAUUUUCAUGCAGCAAGUGCCUUUAAGGAUCUGAGGCAUUCUGAUGGAAUAUUUGUAAAUGGAUCGUCUGCAGUUUGGCUUGUGUUUUAUAGGGGGAAAUUAUUUCGAAUGCAUUUAGAAACAAGUUUGCACAUGUUUUUUUUAUACACUAGUGGCUCAUGGUGCAUGUGGGGUGUGUGGUUAUGUGUGGGUGAGAGAGCGACAUGAGUCAACUACUGUGCUGAUCAAUUCCCUUUUCCACGGUGCAAAGCAACAAUGUUUUAUAUGUAGCAGCAGGUUUGUUUAGCAGACUAGUGUGAAACGUAGUCAGACGGUUGAGGGGAAUUAACUGGAAGAGGCAACACAACUUGGCAUUUUAAUGUUUGUUAUAAAUCAUUUAGUUGACACAAGACCAACCAGAGUUUCUUCUUUAAUGUAGUCUGGGGAAAUGGGAUGAGGGCCCUUGUGUUUGCAGUAUUACCAACAGAGGGGUGUCUCUGGCGACAUUUUCCCAAUCACAAGCGGCUGUGUCCUCUCUCGAAGCUGUGUUUCGUAUGCCGUCUAACGCAACGGACGCACUCUUUAACGCACUUGUCUGUGAAGCGACGUACUCUUUUUUUGCUGUUACUAUGGCCGGACAAACAAAGACAAGAGCGAUGAUUACAGACGAUGAAACAAGUGAAAGUAGAGAUCCAAAAACACACACCUGCAAUUACUGCUUAUCGCCAUUCUGUAGGUGCUGCCAAAGAGAACAAGACUGAGACGUUCAAGAUUGUAACUUUAACGAAAUUGAAUAUGAAGCUUCAGCUAGCACAUGGUUAGCUUAGCUUCUCAUAAAGACUGUAAACGGGCAAACUGGCUCUGUCCCAAGCUUGUCUGAUACUCACUAAUUAAAAUAGUUAAAUAUUAGUUUAAUCUGUACAAAGACCAAAGUGUAAAACAUCAAUUUGUUGUAAAAACCACGAUUUGUCUAAGGGGAUUUGUAUGGAGUUUCUGGUACGCAGAUUUAGUUACCAGUGACAAAGCCAUGCUAGCUGUUUCCCCCUGUUUCCAGUCUUUAUGCUAAGCUAAGCUAACCCGACAAGAGUCUUACAUUAUCCUGCAGACAGGAGCGUGGGAUCAAUCUUCUCAUCUCACUCUCAGCAAGAAAGCAAAUACGCGUAUUACCCAAAAUGUUGAACUAUUCCUUUAAUAAUAAUAAAUAAUAAUAAUAAUAAUAAUAAUAAUAAUAAUAAUAAUAAUACAUAUAUCAAUGCUCUUCUUCCAGCUGUGAUCUCAGUGAAGGGUCACAUUUAGUUGUCUUGUUUUGUUUGGAUUCGACUCUUCACUGUUUGAAUGUUUAUUACUAAAUAGGAGUUGUUCCAGUCACAUUACUCAUCCUGUUUAACAAGAGAAAACCAAACUCACGGCAACGUGCGGUUGACGAGACUAUCUUUAGCGCCGUGCGAACCUUAGAGGUUAAUGUGUGGGGAAUAGUUUAUGUGAGCUAGACACGCUUCUCCUCAACUCAUUUCCAGUGUUUAUUCAUCAUCUGGAUGGAAGAGGGUUUGAUCUGUCGGUGGCAUGUUUGGGUGUGGAUGAAACGUGAAAGUGAAAAAUGAUUUUUUAACAUCUCUGCCUGGUGUUUGUAAGUUUUAGAAUUUGAGGUUUGAGCCCUAUUAUGGUUCUCCCAUAACAAAGAAGUGCUGAGUCAGUGCAGGUUUCUCAGUAAACAAAUGAGUCAGAUAUCAGCGUCUCAGUUACUGGUACUGUUCAGUCCACAUCUGCAGCCUUUAACUCUUUGCUGUCUGAAUGUGGUGUUGUUUAUGUCUAUUUUUGCUUUUUCAUACUUCAGCAUUUUCAUUUUAUUUCUGUCAGCAAUUGCACUCAUCGCAGUUUCUCCCGAGACCAAAGAAGUCAGACAUUUUCUGCUUCCUUUUUUACUCUGUGUGCUGAAAUUGAAUGUGCUCGCUGGUUUUUGUAAUUGAAUCUGUUCUACAGUGAGGAAAAUGUGAAGAGAGAAUUAGGAAAGAAACAUUCCACGAAGAAACUAUAAAGGACACCGAAGGCAAAGACAGAUUUUGGGGCAAAAGAGUGAGAAACCAUCAAAGAAGUGUCUGAAGCCCCAAUCUGGGUUCAUAAUGACACUUUUCUCUCAAAGCUGCAUGAUAAGUUAAAUGCCAGGCAUUUCUCAACGUGCAUGGGUGAGCUGGGUGAGUUGCAGGAACUCCAUGCUUUAGUUUCAGUCUCUGAAAUAACAGAUGGGCUUUUUCCGUAAGUAAUGUGUCACUUGAUUUAAGGGAAGGGGACCUAAAAAUGUUAAUAAAAGUAAUGAGGCUGAUCGCCUACUC